AUAUUGCUGAUAAUCAAAAUUAUCGUAUACAAUAUUGGCCUUAUAAUUCGACUAGUGGUAUCACAAUAGCCGGAAAUGGUACUAAUGGUUCAAGUAAUACUCUUUUAUCGACACCUUAUAAUCUCCGACUUGAUUUAAAUGGCAAUGUUUAUUUAACAGAUUAUUAUAACCAACGUGUUAUGAAAUUUAGUCCAAAUUCAACUACUGGUUCAGUUGUUGCUGGUGAAAAUGGUGCAGGAAAUUUGAAUUCACAAUUAAAUAAUCCAUCUGGUUUCUGUUUAGAUGUUAAUAAUAAUAUUAUGUAUAUAUCAAAUCCCGGUCGUAAUUCAAUAUCAAAAUGGAUAUUAAAUAGUUCCAAUGGGACAACAAUUGCUGGUAUUAGUGGCAUAUUAGGAUCAAAUUCAACAUUAUUGAAUAAUCCAAGAGGUAUAAUAUUUGAUCCUUACGGUAAUUUAUACGUUGCCGACACAGGAAAUAAUCGUAUUCAAAUGUUUUAUCCAAAUUCAACAGAUGGAAUUACAAUUGUAGGUAAUACUACUGCUGGUAAUAGUAGUAAUCUAUUGAACAAUCCAAGAAGUAUCGCAUUCGAUACAAAUCUUAAUUUAUAUGUUGCAGACACAUACAAUAAUCGUAUACAAAAAUUCUCAAAAUUAUAA